AUGUCGCAGUCUCAGCCUUUGAGCUAUUCAGCAGUACUGGGAAAAGCACAGAGCUCGGAUCCAAAGCCUGCACCGCCCACUCAUAGACAGGAGAAACCGAGCCAUCCUCCGCAGCCGUCGAAUCCUGUACAGACGUCGAACCAACCGAGGACAAACGAGCAAUCUGCUACCGACCGAUACCGACCAAAAGCUGGAGGAGACAACGAAGCCCGCUAUGUCCUGACCCUCCAGACCGAUCGAGCACACCACGACCGCAUGACAGCACUACGAGAAAAGUUUUUCCCUCCAGAACGAAACACAGUCCGCGCCCACUUGACGUUGUUCAAUGCUUUACCCGAGAGCAAGCUGGACAGUUCCGUCGUACCAUUGUUGAAAGAGGUAGCAGCCGAGAUGGGCCCUUUCAAAAUCCGCGUAAAGAGACCUUACAAAAUGGCAGGUGGGUUUCUGGUGAAUCUGUCCCCAAAAGAUGGACCACCGCCCAUGAACAAACUGGUGGACAGGCUGCGAAAUACGUGGAAAGAGGAAGGAUUCCUGUCAGAUCAGGAUGCAGCGAAGCGGUCUGUGCAUUAUACACUUAUGAACAAGGUCACGGACAAGCAAAAGGUGGAUGAGGCGUAUGCCGAAUUCACGAGUACCUGGAAUGGUGAUGAGGGCAUCGUGGAUGGAUUGGAGCUGUGGAAAUAUGCCAAGGGGAGGUGGUACUGGGCCCAGAGAUUCGAUUUUACCGGGGCGCCGUACAUUGAUAAGAGGCCCUCGCACGUCGGCUAUGAAAGGGUCUAG